CUCGAUGGCCUGCACAACGCAUGUGAAGGUCGAUAUCUGCAGGAUGGUUUGACACGUAUCUCAUUGGCAUCUUGUACUUUGUCAGCACAUGCCACAAUGCUUGCAGAGGUAACUUGAAUCCGGAGAACUCACUUAGAUAGGCUAUUGCGACGACAUUAUUCGGGAAUGUCUCUGUCACCGUCUCUCGCAAGUCAAAAACCACGUGAUCAAUCUUCUAUCUCAUCCUCAAUCAAACCGUCCAUGUCUUUGUGGGCGUAUUCGCGCCAAUCAUACCCUAUAGCAGCCUGACAGGAGCCGCUGAAGCCGACCCAAGGUCGCACGAGCCAUCCAUUGGCGGGGCAGAAGACGGAGAAGAGUGCCCUGGCGAAGGACGAGUCGAGGCAUGACCAGCAACAAACGCUCACCUAAACCAACCAACCUUUUGAAGAUUGACUCAAAUCUUUGGGUUCGUUACUGUACCGUACCGUCGGCAGUCGCGUAUUAUUAUUUACCUGCCUGCCUGCAUCGCCGUAUACUCUUAAGUAUUUCUAGUCUUCAUUUUUUGAUCUUUUAGGUCGUAUCUCGGCUUAUUUCCACUGCCUGCCUUACGCCAUUUCAUUGUCAGACGUAGCAAAUCUCACCCCGCGCGCACGAUACAAUGGCAGACCAACCAAGCCCUGCCAAACAGAAUGUCGCACGGCCACAACUGAGCUCUAUGAGGAGCAGCUCAUACCUUAGUGAUCACCAAGAAUACCGCCCUCCUCGACCCGAGUCAAACCGUCAGGACCAGUUGUUCCACGGCAUUGACACGGUUAUAGAGGAUACAAGUAAUUCGCCCGUUCCUCAAACGAGGCCAAUCCUCCCAUUUAAUGGCAUCCCUUCUGAGGAAAACCCACCGACUGUGGUUGACAGCGGAUUGAGCCACUCGUACUCUCACCCUAACUGUGCCCCUCGUGCUGGCGAGAAAUCGGAUCGUCUCAUUGCGACUCUCUUUUACAAGCCAAGAGGCGAAGAGCAGGGCUCUCGAUCGCCUGUCAAGACCACAUUUGCGGACAGUAAUGAAUCCCUACCCGCUAACUUGGCCCCUACGACCGAUCCAAAUGAGUACCCUCUUGAGCCGCCUACCCAGGAGUCUGAGCAGCUGGACCAUAUUUAUGGCUCAUACAUUUCGCCGCUUUGCAUCACCUCGUUCCUUCACCUCAUGUCGUCGUUCCCUCUACCUCACGACGCCGAGGAGCCUCACUCCUCUCACAGGUGCUUGGACAACCAGGAACAACCGCGCAUCGUGGAACUAACACUCUCACCCACACCAUCCCCUGACUAUCUCAGCUUGGAUGAUCUGAGAAAGCACGAGAUGAUCUAUCGCUUUGAGCAGGAAUGGAAUGUGGACGUUGUCCUCCAGAGAGAUAGUGUUUGGAGGCGCCACCCCCGACUGGUGGUCUUUGACAUGGACAGCACUCUCAUUACUCAGGAAGUAAUUGACCUUUUGGCUGAUCAUGUCAAGGAUCCCCCAGACCUGGCUGCCCGGGUUGCCGAAAUCACACAUCGUGCGAUGAUGGGCGAGCUGGAGUUUGAGGCUUCUUUCCGAGAACGAGUCGCUCUCCUCAAGGGUCUUUCUUCUACACUCUUCGAGGAUCUUCGACCGGUCUUGGACGUCACCAAGGGUGUGCCAGAGCUGAUCAAAGCUCUGAAGCGACUGGGUAUCAAGACGGCAGUCCUUUCUGGCGGCUUCCAGCCACUGACAGGAUGGCUCGCUGGGCAAUUGGGUAUUGACUAUGCCCAUGCAAACCACGCCGUCAUCGAAGACGGCAAGUUCACAGGCGAGGUCGAAGGCGUCAUCGUUGGCAAGGAGUGCAAGAGAGAUCUUCUGGUCGAGAUUGCCACCAAGGAGGGAAUUGAUCUGUCUCAGGUCAUUGCCGUCGGCGAUGGCGCCAACGACUUGCUGAUGCUGGAUAAGGCAGGUCUGGGCGUCGCGUGGAAUGCAAAGCCGCGAGUGCAGAUGGAGGCCAACGCUCGCCUGAACGGAGAGAGUCUACUCGACCUAUUGUUCUUGCUUGGCUUCACCGCUGAGGAGAUUGACGCAUUGGCUGUAUAAGUUGUUAGUGUUGGAUGAGGAGAGUUCUCAUGAACAAUGAAGGCAGGGGUUUAGGAUAUGAUAUGGAAAGCUGGGUGCGUUGUGUUGUGUUGGGUUAUUGAGAUACCAGGCAGCAACGAGAAACAAGACUUCUUUGGGAUAUAUCUCGGGUCGUAAGCAUGAAUGAACAGUGAUGAUUAGUUGAUUGUAGAUUGAACUUCGGGUGUCAAAAUCUGGCGCUACUAUAUAUAAAUAUGAACCCCAUGUGCCACCUUUGUCAUUGCG